CAUCCAUGGAGAUAGAGAAAAAAAAUACAGUCUUAUUGUUUUCUUCUGUCCUAUGUGGCGCCACGAUCAAGUCAUUUUUUUAUAUUUAUUUUAACAACGAGAAGAAGCUUCCUGUCAAGUGCUUCCAUGUCCAGACAGACAGACUGUUGAUGGAUGAUUGUUUACUUCCUUAACACCUUUUUUCCAAUCAUUCUGUUCUUCUUCUUCUUGUUGUUGUUGUUGGAUCGUCAUUUCUUGAUGAGUUUCUCUUUCCUCGAAUGGAUUCUCUUUCCAAUUUCUCUUUUCCAUGUAGAAUUCGAUUUGUUUGUUUAAUAUACAUAAGUCUUCUUCUAGGGUUUGCUUUUACUUCUACUUCAAUCAGUGAUGAUAAUGAUGAUGAUGAUGAUGAUGAUGGAGGAUUGCUUUCAUUUCAUGGUGAUUACACGCCUCCAUCAUCACCACCGCCGGCGCCGCCUCCACAUCCACCUUCAUUAACAUGCGAGAAUGAUUUAAAGGGUGUUGGAUCCCUUGAUACUUUAUGUGAGCUAAGUAGUAAUUUGAAUUUCACAGAUGAUGUUUAUGUUAUAGGAAUGGGUAGUUUGUAUGUACUUCCUGGUGUGAAAUUGAGCUGUCUUAUUGAAGGAUGUUCAAUUUGGAUUCAUAUGAAUGGUACUUUUAAAUUAGGUUUGAAUGCUGAUAUAACAGCUGGGGAUGUGACUGUGAAAGCGGAUAAUGCUAAUUUUUCUGAUGGGUCUUUGAUUAACACGACGGCUUUGGCUGGUGCUGCACCUGGCGAUGCGAGUGGAACUCCAACGGGGUUGCAAGGCGGUGGUGGAGGGCAUGGUGGGAGAGGUGCGAGUUGUGUGGUGGAUAAUACUAAAUUGCCUGAGGAUGUAUGGGGAGGGGAUGUGUAUGCGUGGGCUUCGUUGAAUCAACCUUGUAGUUUUGGUAGUAAAGGCGGGACUACUAGUAGAGAAGUUGAUUAUGGUGGGAAAGGAGGUGGACGGAUUUGGCUUCUGAUUGAAAGCUUUAUUGAUGUUAAUGGUGUUUUUUUAGCUGAUGGUGGUGAUGGUGGAACAAAGGGAGGUGGUGGAUCUGGUGGCAGCAUUUACAUUAAAUCACUUAAAAUGACUGGUCAUGGCCAAAUGAGUGCUUCUGGGGGAAAUGGGUUUGCUGGAGGUGGUGGUGGACGGGUUUCCAUCCAUGUAUUCAGUAGGCGUGAUGAUUCUGAAAUCUUGGUUCAUGGAGGAAAAAGUUAUGGUUGUCCUAGUAAUGCUGGUGCUGCUGGGACAUUUUAUGAUGCUGUCCCUAGAAGACUUAUUGUCAACAAUCAGAACAUGUCUUCUGAUACUGAUACCAUAUUCUAUGCCUUUCCUUAUCAGCCACUUUGGACAAAUGUUUACAUUCAAGAUCAUGCUAGAGCUGCUGUUCCUCUUCUCUGGAGCCGUGUGCAGGUUCAAGGACAACUUAGUUUGUCAUGUGGCGCAGUUCUGAGCUUUGGGCUACCCCAUUUCGCCUUAUCACAGUUCGAGUUGUUAGCCGAAGAACUUUUGAUGAGUGAUUCAGUAAUCAAGGUAUAUGGGGCUUUGAGGAUGGGAGUCAAAAUCUUUUUGAUGUGGAAUUCACAGAUGCUCAUAGAUGGCGAUGAUGAUUCAUUAGUUUCGACAUCUUUGCUUGAAGCAAGCAAUUUAGUGGUUCUCAGGGAAUCAUCUUCUAUACAUUCUAAUGCAAAUUUGGGACUUCAUGGGCAAGGUUCUCUGAAUUUAUCUGGACCAGGAGAUCUGAUUGAAGCACAACGAUUGGUUUUAUCGCUAUUUUCUGGUAUCAGUGUUGGACCCGGAUCUGUUCUGAGAGGUCCUUUGAAGAAUGCAAGUAGUCACUAUGUGACGCCAAAGCUCUACUGUGAAAUGCAAGAUUGUCCUAGAGAACUGAUUCAUCCGCCUAAAGACUGCAAUCUGAACACUUCGCUGUCCUUCACUCUUCAGAUCUGCCGUGUCGAAGAUAUAAAUGUUGAAGGCUCUGUUGAGGGAUCUGUAGUCCAUUUCCAUUGGGUUCGAACCAUCUUUGUUCAAGAUUCUGGAGCAAUAAGUGCAUCUGGAUUGGGAUGCACUGGGGGGGUUGGCCGUGGAAGGCUUCUGAGCAAUGGCCUUGGUAGUGGUGGUGGGCAUGGAGGAAAAGGUGGGAGUGGUUACUACAACGGUAGCACAAUUGAAGGUGGUAUCACAUAUGGUAAUGCUGACUUACCUUGUGAACUUGGUAGCGGAAGUGGAAACCACAGUAUAGCAGGUGCAACAGCAGGUGGUGGUAUCAUAGUGAUGGGUUCUUUGGUUCAUCCAUUGUCAAGUCUAUCCCUCAAUGGACUACUUAGUGCUGACGGAGGAAGUUUUGGGGAAAAUAUCAAGAAGCAGGAUGAUGUCUUAAUACCAGAUGUUGGUCCUGGUGGUGGUUCUGGUGGGACAAUUCUCUUGUUUGUUCAUUCAUUAGCUCUUGCUGAGAUGUCUAAAAUCUCUACUGCUGGAGGACAUGGUGGCUCCAAUAGUGGUGGAGGUGGUGGUGGAAGGAUUCAUUUCCAUUGGUCAGACAUUGCUACUGGGGAUGAAUAUCUGCCCACUGCAAGUGCAAAUGGAACUAUUCAAGUCAGUGGAGGAGGGGGUAGAGGUAAUGACCAAGUUGGGGAAAAUGGCACAAUUACUGGAAAAGCCUGUCCGAAGGGGCUUUAUGGGAUAUUUUGUCAGGAAUGUCCUGUUGGAACAUUCAAAAAUAUCACGGGUUCGGAUAAAGCCCUUUGUAGUAAUUGUCCAGACCAUGAGCUUCCAAAUCGGGCGAUAUAUAUUCCAGUUAGAGGUGGUGUUGGUGACCUUCCUUGCCCUUACAAAUGUGUUUCCGAUAGAUAUCACAUGCCACACUGUUAUACAGCACUAGAGGAUUUAAUAUAUACCUUUGGGGGUCCAUGGUUAUUUGGUUUGAUUCUCGUGGUCCUCCUCAUCCUGUUUGCUCUGGUGCUUAGCUUUGCUCGCGUAAAGUUUAUAACCGUGGAAGAUGUGCCGACUGUAAUACCACCUCGACAUAACCUACAAAUAGAUCGUUCAUUCCCUUUCCUAGAGUCCUUGAAUGAGGUCUUGGAAACAAACAGAACUGAAGAAUCUCAGACUCACGUUCACAGGAUAUACUUCAUGGGCUCUAAUACCUUCAGUGAACCAUGGCAUCUUCCUCACUGUCCUCCAAAACAAAUACUUGAAAUUGUAUACGAGGAUGCUUACAACAGAUUUAUAGACGAGAUCAAUGGACUAGCUUCUUAUCAAUGGUGGGAAGGAACUGUUCAUGGCAUCGCUUCAUGUCUUGUAUAUCCUCUGGCAUGGUCAUGGUUGCAGUGGCGCAGGAAAAAGAAAAUACAACUAUUGCGUGAAUUUGUCCGGUCAGAAUAUGAUCAUGCUUGUUUGCGCUCUUGCCGCUCGCGUGCUCUUUAUGAAGGAAUCAAGGUAGCUGCAUCUUCUGACCUUAUGCUUGCAUAUGUGGAUUUUUUCCUUGGCGGAGAUGAGAAAAGAGAUGAUCUUCCAGCUGAUCUCAGGAAAAGAUUUCCCAUGAUAUUGGCAUUUGGUGGAGAUGGAAGUUAUAUGGCUCCGUUCUUCCUUCACAAUGACAACAUUCUUACUAGCCUUAUGAGUCAGGCUGUUCCGCCAACUAUUUGGUAUCGAUUAGUGGCAGGUCUGAAUGCUCAACUGCGUUUAGUAUGCAAUGGACAUUUAAGAACAAGCUUUAAUCUGAUUGUAAACUGGCUCGACACAUUUGCCAAUCCUACUCUGAAAACCCUCCACAUACAUGUUGAUUUGGUUGCUUUACAACCUACUGCAAGUGGCUACUGCCAGUUUGGUCUUGUUGUACAUGCUGAUGAGGAAGAAACUGGGCAAUCAUCUAAUGAACAUGAAGAAGAUAAAUAUUCAUGUCAUGGGAUGAAGGUAGACCAUUCCAGAGUAGGAGAAGGACUGCUGCUCCAUAAAAAACUGAUGGGAGGGGUUCUAAGGGGAAAAACCUUGCAAACACUCAAAGAGAAGAGUUUUCUGUAUUAUCUCAAAUCUCUUGUGAUUCAUAAUACUAAACCAGUUGGCCAUCAGGACCUCAUUGGUUUGCUUAUAUCGAUACUAUUGCUUGGAGAUUUUAGCUUAGUUUUACUUGCUUUACUUCAGCUAUACUCUAUUUCCAUGUUGGACUUCUUCCUGUUUUUGUCCAUACUCCCUCUUGGAAUAUUAUUUCCUUUCCCAGCGGGUAUAAGUGCUUUGUUUAGUCACGGACCGAGAAGAUCAGCUGGUCUUGCACGUAUAUAUGCUUUGUGGAAUACCAUGUCUUUGAUAAAUGCUGUAGUGGCUUUUAUAUGUGGAUACAUUCAUUACCAUCAAUCUUCAAGUAAAAAGCACUCUAACUCUCAGUCAUGGAAUUUUAGCAUGGAUGAAAGCGGAUGGUGGAUGCUACCUUGUGGACUUGCGUUGUGCAAAGUUAUUCAAGUACAUCUUAUCAAUUUUCAUGUCGCCAACUUAGAGAUUCAUGACAGAACAUUGUACAGUAACAACCCGGAAGUAUUUUGGCAGCAAUCGUGAUGAUGACGAUGAUGGAGGAUGCCUGGUUUGAUUUUCUCACUUCCAUCAUCUUCAUCAUCUUAAGUACAGAGUUUACAUUUGUGUUUCUGAUUGGCUUCUUUCUUUAUACCCCUCCAUUUACCUUGGGGUUUGUUGUGUUAGGAGGACAACAAGUAAUAACUUACACGAUAACACUCAUUUUUUCAAUUUCUUUUUUCGAAAAUUGAUAUAGAGUGUGUGAAUAGCAGAUUUGCUUCAAAGAGAAAGGGUUUUAAGAAAAUGCUUGUUUGCUCAUGGCUUUUAUCGUU